CAUCGUCACUUCCGUAAACAAAGAUCAGCGUAGCUUCUAUGCCCUCUUUCCAGUCUUUGUUUAGAUUAAUUUAGAAGUUUCGGGAGAUGUCUGGAGCUAGAUACUUAUAAAUAAAAUUCCUACAUCAGUUCACAACGACAUAAGCAAAAGAAAUAGACACUUGCAUGUAGGUAUUGGUUCGCACAACUAUCACUGAAGAGACGUAUAAAAGUAUUGUUUUUGUUUAGACAAAAAAAUUGAUAUCUGAAAAGGAGAAAAAAAAGAUGGCUGACAAGGGAGAAGAUUCUCCAGAUCAGGGACAAGCUGGCUCUAAUGUUGAUGCCGACCAGACAGAGAAGAAAAGAAGAACACGGACACCCAGUCCUACUCCUGGUCAAUCUGCCAGUAAUGUAUUUAUGGUACCAGCUUCUCCACCAAAGUUUAUCUCAUUUGAACAGUUGAUGUCAGCAGCAAAUGGAGUUAAAAACAUGACUCUGGCACAUGAAAUUGUUGUUGAUAGUGAUUUUGAACUGGAGAAAAAAGUUCCUGAAGAAAACAGUUUAGAAAAGAUGGUAACAGAUAUUGCCCACAAGGCAUUUUGGGAUUUACUGGAAGCAAAACUUAGUGAAGAUCCACCAGAGUAUAGAAACGCCUUGGUACUUAUACAGGAAGUUAAAGAGACUCUAUUUAUGAUUAUACCACCUCAAAGUGAGAGAUUAAAAAAUCAGAUUAAUGAAAUACUAGAUAUGGAUCUAAUACAACAGAAGAUGGAGAAUGAUGCUUUUGAUAUUCGUUAUUAUGCUGAUUAUGUUAUUGGUAUUAUGGCCAGAUUGUGUGCCCCAGUCAGAGAUGAAAAUGUCAACAAGUUGAAGACAAUUAAAGACAUUGUCCCUCUUUUUAAAGGAAUAUUUGAGGUGUUAGAUUUAAUGAAGAGAGAUAUGGCUAACUAUACUAUAGCACAAAUAAGACCCUAUUUACAACAACAGUCAGUUGAAUAUGAACGAAAGAAAUUCACAGAAUUUCUUGACAUACAGAAAGAGAAUAAUUUAGAUGGUUUACAGUUUGCUAAGGUUUGGUUGAAGAACAGCCAUGAUAAAUUAAAGAGAUUAGAAGAUGAAGUUAAUACAGGAACAGCAACACCUGUAUUAAUGGCCACCCCCCAGGCCAUCAUGAAUGAAGCCUAUAUGGAGUUAUUACAAUGGAACAACAACAAUCCUUUCCCUGAGAUGUGUUUGAUGGAUCAAGGAAGAUUUCAUGAUCUACAGACCAGUAUAAAUCAGUUAACACUAGUUGCUAGUAUAUUACUGGUAACAUACAACACAGUUGGAGCACCUAUAGCCGGUCUUCAAGAUUUAAAACAGACUUUAACAUCACAUAUUUUAACAUUACUAGAGGCCAAAAAAGACAAAGAUGUUCGGGAAAAUGUUGCUGAACAAGUAAAAGCAGAAGUGAAUAAAUGUCUGAUGACACAUGCUUUUCCUCAACUGGGUCAGAAGUCGGACAUAUUGGUGGGUCAAAUAAAAGAUGUUUUUAAUGUAGACAAUGCUAUACAUACAUUAAUGAAAAAACGACUAAUGGAUUUUAUUCGUGAAGCCAUUAAAACCAAACAUGUUUCAUCAUUAAAAGUGCCAACGGGAUUCUCUGCUGUAGAAAGCAAGUUGAGUCAGGUGUUGGGUAAAUUUUUACGUCUCAUAUCUCAUAACCGAUCAGUAUUUGGUGUGUAUUACGCAGAGAUUAUAGGUGCCCUUAUAGAAAGGCAUCAAGACUUGUCGCCACGUUGAUAAUACAAACUCUGUGCUAUUUGUGAUAAUUCUAGGCCCUGUGUUCACAAAAACAUUCUAAGACUUAAUUUAAGAAUUUACUCAAAAUUGUUCGCUUUAUUUUAACUAAAAUAUAGUCCUUUAUAAAACUUUUGUUGUUUUAAUGUAUCAGAUACAUCAAUAAGAAACUAUGUGCAAAGUUUUGUGUUUCUGGAUUAAAGAUAUUUCUCAUAAACUGUGAUUGAAAGUUGAGUAAAUUCUUAAAGUACCUAAGUCUCUAACUCAAUAUCAUCCAAAGUCUUACACGUUGAAAACACGAAUUAUUUGUCAAUUCAAAUCAACAUUGAUGUUGUUAUCUUACCGGGAAAAAGUAGGCUUCUGAUAUCCAAUAUUUAAGACAAAAUAAACAUUUUACCAUUGGUACACGAAUCGUGUACCAUAGUGCGUUUCAUCGUCAUUUGUAACAUGUGACCAGAAAGAGCGAGGCUAGACAUAUUCCACAACUCAGGUCAAACGGCGACGCCAUAACUUAUCUGGAGAGCAUACGCAAUAGACUGGAAUAACCAGACGCUAGAAAUUUCUAUUCGGUUGGGACUCAUGCCGUAUUUCGCUGGACCUAACUGAUUUGAAAUUAGUGUCAAAACGGAAACAAUUGAAUGUAAAUCAGUUCACAUACAAUCAGAUUACAUUAUUAUAUGCGUUGCGACCCAUUUGGCUCAAUUUCUAGUUCCCAAAUGUUAGCAAUUUAGCUCCUUUAAGUCUGAGAAUGCUUUGUGAACUUGGGGCUAGGUGAAGGGUGAAUAAACUCUGAAGUAGAACUAUUAAAUGUUGUGAUAUUUUUUUACCCUUGUGUACUUAUGUUUAUUUAUAAUACAACACAAAAUAUCAUGAAUUAAAGGAUUAUACGACGAUGACAGCAAGGAAAAAGUCUUGGUUUGUGGUCAUGAGGGUAAAACUUAAGUCUAUAGUGGUGCCUUUCACAUAAUGCAAUUUUACCUAGGGUUGGGCGAUUAUGAAAAAAAAAUAUCGUGAUAAUAAUUUAUCAAAUAUCACAAUAAACGAUAUUAUCAUGAUGAUUUAUAUGUGUGUCUUAAGAAGUCAAAUUUUGAAUACAUGGGCAGAAAAUCGUUGCUUGAUGUCAAAUAUUAUUAUUGUUAACGUUGAUAGACGCCAUGAUGGAAAUUUACCCUAGACCAGCUGGUACGUAAUAAUGCUAUUAUUACUGAUGAAUUUAAUCCUAUCAAUAGAAUGUCAUAGGUGAUGAUAUAGCAUAUGUAUUAUCAUCAAUAUUGGGACACAAUAAUUAUAUCGCGAUAAUUUUGGUUAUCGUGACAUAACAUUUUUUCGAUAUUUUAAAAUAAGUCUGAUAUGAUAAAAAGGCAGAUGAUUUUAUCACGAUAUACCCCAAAAAACGGUAUAUCGCUCAACCCUAAUAUUACCUAAUGGUUCAGUUAAUAAGAAAAAAAAAAUCUUAAAAAGACCAACAAGGGUGUGUAGAAUGAAUUUCUGAAGACACACAAAAAAAAAUUUUAACAAAUUGAAACAAAUUGCAUUUUUGAAAGUAAUUCUCUCCCAAUUAGCACUCCCAACUGAGUAUACACUUUAAAGAAACUUUGUUUAUACAGUUGAAAUAAUAUCAUCUAUAGCUGUAAGAUGUUAUGAAGUUUGAUUAAUUUUACUGAUUUUUGGUCAAUCUUCAUCAUUAGGCAAUCUGAUUAAAACACAGGUACUAUUUCAUUUCGUUUUUUAUAGUUCAAAAUUUCGUUUUAUUUGUCUUUACUACACUAGGAUUUGUUAUAUAACCUGCGUUCUGAAAAGCGUGAGAGAUUAACCAAUGAAACCAUCUGUUCCGGCGACUUCUUGGGUUGCGAUGCACGGAACUGUGGGUAAACCAUUAGAAACGUCAAUGGUGAUUAAUUAAUCAAUGUCUGACGUCAUAGGGUCAAAAGCGAGCCACUUGUACAAACCCUGAUGGACCUCCCAAUAGAACUGGUCAGAUCUUCAUGUGGUAGAGGUCAUCGAAAGUAAAAAAAAACAAAACGAAAUAUAGAUCUGUAUUUUAAUCAGACGGCUAUCUGUAAAAUUUUCAUUUACCAUAUAUGGUAAAUAUAUCUCCUACAUGUCUUCUAGCAUCUUCUAUCAUCUGUGCUCCAAACUCCACAUGAUGCCAUAUUUAAAUAAGUUAAAAAUUGCAAUCCUUUGAGAUGCAUUAUUCUUGUUUUGUUUUUUCUUAAAUUUUUUAUUGUUAUGUAAUUUUUUAUUCCCACAUGGUAUUGGUCAUAUAUUGUCAUCAUCUCUGUCUGUCCAUGCACCGAUCCAUCAUCUACAAUGACUUAUGGAUGCUCAAGAGCCUAAAUAAAGUUAUCUGUUUGACUUGAAAUUUAAACGUUGUUUAUUAGGCAAAGACAGUAGGACCUUAAACCCCAUUUUAUUUAUUAGGCAAAGAUGCUUAUUAAUUUUCAAUGAUUUCCAAUAACUUUAACAGCUAAAGUUAUCUGAUUACUGGUACAUAUUUUGUUUAUUAGCCCUAGGAAGAAUCCUAUCAAAUUUUGAUAUUUUCCAAGAAACAUGUCAUAGGUUGUUGCCCUUGAUCACUUUUUAGUCUCCGGGUACCUACAAUAAAAAAAACAGUGUGACAACCAUUGGGAUGACAUAGAUGAAGUGGGCAUAUGUUUUGUUGCCUGGUGACCUUUCUUUAUAAUAGAAUGUAUAGUACUUGUUUGUUUCAUUAUAGAAUGUUUUGGUUAAACAUACAUUAUUCAAGAGCUAAAUUGGCCUAUUGCAGGUCUUUCUUUAGGCUUGAAAUGUUAUCUAAAUUAUUAAUUAGACAUUAAUUAACUUAUCCAGACCAUAAUCAACUCUUGAUGUCAUCUCUAGCCUGCGAUGUUUAUUGGAUUAGGUUCCGAUUUGCCGUUUGACUUCCAUUCAUAAUUAAAUCAUGAAAUGGAUAAUCGAGACUAUGUUUUUUUAUCCUACUGACUCUAGUAAUGGUGAUUGAGGUUCUUGGUUCCAAAUGGAUCAAUUUGACUGAAAUUUUCAGCAAAUUGCCUUUACAUUAUCUAGUUUUUAACUAUUGUAGUGAGAACUGUCAGCUCUUUAUCUAUCCAUAAUGUAUCUUUAAAUUUAUAUUUGUUCCUGUUGUCUAUUGAUAAAAUUAUCAGUGUUUACUGGCAACCUAUAUUUAUAAUCGACUUGUAAAUGUUUGUUUUGUUAUAGAACACUAUGGGAGAUUAGAUAAAGAGUUGGCAGUUCUCACUAUCAUAGUUAAAAACUAGAUAACGUAAAUAGAAUAUGCUGAAAAUUUCAGUCAAAUUGCUCCACUCUGGGACGUUUAUUUUACCAAGGUGCCUGCCCUCUUUACCUCCCCCCCCCCACUCUAUUUGUAACGGAUCAGGAUUCAGGACCCUUGAAUGCUCAAGAGUGAAACUGUGCCAGAAGGUUCAAUUUGUAUAUAAGUUACAGCAUAGCAUUCUGUUAUGUUGCAAUUUAGUUCUAAUGUGUGCUUUACAAAACACAUAUGCAAAUUUUCCAUUCUGGCAGAAAUCUAAAAGUUUACUAUAAUAUGAACAUUAGAGAUGUAAAUAUUAUGCAUAAACCCUUAUACUGAAACCAAAGAUCAAAAGUUAGGCCAACACACUUUUAAACUGUCUCAGAAAUAUAUUUUUAGUAGAUGGUAGAUAUUUUGUCCACUAAUAGUACAGCAUUAAAACCUUUAAUUUGCAUUUAAAUAUUUAAAUCUCUUUCUGUGUUUAAGUUUUUAUUUGUAUAAUAUACCUGUAUAAUAUACCUGUAGCUUUUGUCAAUCUGAUUAAAACACAGAUCUUAUUUUGUUUCGUUUUUUAUAGUUCAAAAUUUCAUUUUACUUGUCUUUACUACACUAGGAUCUGGAAGUGUUGUUAUAUUACCAGUGUUCUGGUUGAAGCGAGGGAUUAGCCAAUGAAACGGUCUGUUAUUGUGGCUAAACCACUAGAAAUGUCAAUGCUUAUUGAUUAAUCAAUGUCUGAUGUCAUAGGGUCAAAAGCCACUCGUACGACCCAUGACACAACCUUCCAGUACAACUGGUCAGAUCUUCAUGUGGUAGGCCAUCAAAAGUAUAAAAAAACGAAACGAAAUAUAGAUCUGUAUUUUAAUCAGAUUUCUGCUUUAUGUAGGAUAUGCUUAUUUAUUAUUGGACAUUAACAUUGAGCUAUGGUACUGUAAAUAGAAGAUAUACUGAUCAUGAUAUGUAUUGCAAAAUUCUCAAUGAUUUUUUUUAUAUAUAUUAGGGUAUACAGUGAGUAUUACAUAUUAUUUAUUUGCUUUCACUAUAAAAAAAGGAAAACAGCAUUUAGCUCAAUUAGGAAAAAUGGAGAUAACACACAUGCAAAAAAGUUUGGAAUUUCGAUAUUGUUUCUGGAAUUCAUGCACAUUAUAUUAUAAGUUCUUGAUAUAUGAUGCACUACAACUUGGUUAAUGUGUAGUUGUGUUGUUUUAGCAGGAGUUUCUGUAUUUAAUAUUUAGUUUCAUUAGUUUCAAACUAUUGUUGGCAACUUGUUCAGAAUCUUCAAAAAAUAUUAGGUUCCUACCGUUGCGUUCCGUUCGUUUAAAAUGUUUACUUUCACUAGCAGUGUUGAGUAAUUAAACGAUACCCAAGUGUAGUGAUUGCUGCCCUAAUGUACAAUGUUAUUAUAUUAUAGAAUAGUAAAAUUGUUUUAUUUAUUAUGAUUGUAAAUAUUAAAUGAUCUUGUUGAAUAAUCUGAUAAAAAUGAUGUCUAUAAAUGGGGUACUUAUUCUCAAAAUCUUUAAAUUUCUUAAAAUCAGUUUAAAUUACUGCUUUACGUACAAUGUUGGUGAUUGUAAGAAAUUGCCAUUAAAAGUUGAAUAAUUUGUAGAAAUGUUUAAAUAAAUUUGGCUGAUUACUGAGAGAGUACUUUAUUUUGGACCAAAAAUAUCUUUAUAUAUAUACAAAUCUUAUAAAUCUCAAUCUGAUUAAAACACAGAUCCUAUUUCGUUUUUUAUAGUUCAAAAUUUCGUUUUACACUAGGAUCUGGAAGAGUUGUUAUAUAACCAGCGUUCUGGUUGAAGCGAGGGAUUAGCCAAUGAAAUGAUCUGUUACGGCAAGUUCAUGGUGUGCAAUGCACGAAACUGUGGAUAAACCACUAGAAACAUCAACGCUGAUUGGUUAAUCAAAUGUUUAACAUCAUAGAAUAAAAAACGCUUGUAUCAACCUGGUGCAACCUUCCAUUACAACUGGUUAGAUCUUCAUGUAGUAGAGGCUGUCGAAAGUAUAAAAAACAAAACGAAAUAUAGAUCUGUAUUUUAAUCAGAUUGUAUAAAUCUCAGUCUUUCACAUAUCAAAUGUUUUCUAGAUUCAAUAAGUUUUUUUUAAAUAGUUUUAUUAUAGUUAUUAAAUCAUAUGUAGUUAUAUUUAGAAUUAAAAAUAUUAUGCAAUAAUAUUGUAUGUACAUAAUGACUAUAAUUUUUUCCCCAUUUUAAAUCUGGUUUGUGAUUUCCGUUUUUCGUAAAUAAAGAAUAUUGUCAA